AUGUUAUAUCCUCUAGUCGAAUCGUCAUUGCCGGAUGAUACAUUAAGAGCAUGGCAAAGAUUCCGAGUUAUUAAUCGCAGUCAGAGAGAAUCUGAAAGUAGUGAGCAAAAAGAGAAAAAUGCGUCAACACAUCGCAUGGAUUUAGAUGGUUUGCUUUCAUUUUUGCUCGAUGAAAUUGAAGGUGAAGAGAGAGUAUCUAUAGCUACUCAGUGCUUUACUAAAUAUCAGACACCUAAGCCUGGGAAUGCUAAACACUUUGGUUUCAAAAACCGUGGAGAAUUUUCCAAAACACCUUCUGCUUCUACUCUAAUAGCAACAUCUGAACAAAAUUCAACUGGAUGUAUUUUUUGUGCUGGAAAUCAUGCAUCUGGUGAUUGCGUUAAAGCAAGAAAGAUGACGUCUGAGGAAAGGCAAAAAGCAGUUCUAAAUAGUCGCAGUUGCUUUUUAUGUUUAGACAGAAAACAUGUAAUAGCUAAAUGUAAAAAACGAACAUCGUGUGUGAUUUGUGGGAAGAAACACCACAUACUUUUAUGUAGAAAUAUCCAAGCUGAAUCAAAAUCUCCAGUUCCUGUUAGCACAUGA